UGCUGGGUCUAUUCAUAUCGCUAGGACUCAUGUGCAUGAUAAGCAUGUGCUCACUGGAUGCCAAAUGGAAUAUUAAUCAACUGUUCGUUCACCCACAUAAACCCAUCCUCUUUUCCAAGUCCUUCAAAGUAAUCCUCUAUCAUUUGUCGCAAUGCCUUGGGAGCCGAUCAAGCUGAAUUCUGGAUACUACAUGCCAAGUAUCGCAUUCGGUACUUGGAAGACAGGUAAUGGCCAAGGACCUAUCGACCAGGUUAAACAGGCUCUGGGAAAUGGAUACAACCACAUCGACACAGCGCAGGCCUACAAGAAUGAAGAAGAAACCGGUGUUGCUUUGAAAGAGACCGAACUUUCUCGUUCAGAUGUCUUCGUGACAACCAAGUACUCCGGUACAAAUGGUCUUGACAUCCCGACUUCCAUCAAGAACAGUUUGAGCAACCUUGGCUUAUUGGACGUUGACCUCUAUCUGGUCCACGCCCCGCGCCUGGCAGUACCUGACAUCCCAACAUGUUGGGCGCAAAUGGAAAAGGUCCAGGAUGACGGACUUGCUAAGAGCAUUGGUAUCAGUAACUUUGGCGUCAAAGACAUGGAGACUUUGGUAGCAUCUGCGCGAAUUAAACCUGCAGUCAAUCAGAUUCUCCUUCAUCCAUAUGUCUAUGAACGACAAAAACCUAUCCUUGAGUAUGCCGCGAAGAAUGGAAUCAUCAUCGAGGCCUACAGCGCGCUGAUCCCCAUCACAAAGUCACCUGGCGGUCCUUUGGACAAACCAUUGAACGAAAUCGCAGCCAAGUUCGGUGCGACGACCGAACAGAUCCUUAUGGCGUGGACCAAAGCCAAGGGGGCCGUCGUCGUCACCUCAAGUUCAAAGAGGACGCGCCUGCAAGGUUACAUUGCGGCAGGUGAUAUAACUUUGUCUGCGGAGGAUAUUGCUGCCAUCGACGCUGCGGGUGCUUUGGGCGAGGAAAAGUAAAUUUAUCCUUGGCGUUCGGCGAGUGGUCAAAUGUCGCAAGUGCUGGCUCAUCUUCAAGUUGUACUUCUAAUUCAGCAAAAAUGUCUCAUUGGGCUGCGGAACGACUCAAAUAGAAC